UAGGGUUAAAGUUUAUCUAUUGAAAGAUUAUACAACUGAUCAAUGUAAUAAGUUUUAGGUGUUAAUUCAGAAAAUCUGCCAUUUAAUACCGUAUUAGAGUCGGCCGAAAGUCAAUAUUAAAGGCAGUAAGUCGUUUUUCUUUCAGUGUAGGCAUAAACAAUAACCAUCUGGGGAAAAUGGCUUCUCCAAAACAGCAAGCAGUGUAAUUCGGAUACUAACAAAUCUUAUGCUAUGGGGGAAAGGAGAUGGAUUUAUGCAAUCUUCAUCAAUGUUGGGGGAACAAUUUUCCAAACAAGAAUGUCCACAUUGAAAAAGAUCCCGGACUCCCGCCUUGGAAGCCUGUCGCCUGCAUCGCCGGAAUACAACGCGGAGACGGAUGAGUACUUCUUCGACCACAGUCCGGUCCUGUUCAACGAGAUUCUGGACCUGUAUCGCACGGGGGAGCUGCACGUGCCGUCCAACUGCUGCGGCGCCGUGCUGCAGAGAGAGUUGGAAUACUGGAAGAUCCCCAAGUGUCUCAUAUCCGAGUGUUGCAUCCAUUCCUACCAUAGCUACGUUCAGGCUCAGAAUACUAUACAGUCUAUUAGAGAAUCGUUCGAGGAUAACAUUUUAGAUUAUAGCCCAACGGAAUAUAGGAACAGUAAGAUGAAAAAAAUGUUCAGAACAAUAUGGAUAACUUUAGACCAGCCAAAAUCUUCAACUUGUGCUAAGGUUUUCAACGCCCUGUACCUGGCUCUGGUCCUGUUGUCUGUUCUGGUGUUCCUCUUGUCCUAUCAGCCGUAUUGCCGAAACGAAACCAUGACGCAUGAAAAACUGGUGUACAUGAAAAACUACUCUACGAUCUCUCUGUUCCAAUCCGUGAACCUGAACAAUGCCAAACAAGUCAUGUUCUUAACCACGGAGAUUCAUCCUCUGCUGGACAACAUAGAUCUGUUCUGUAUAGUCUUCUUUACACUAGAGCUAUUCGCGCAUUUCCUCACCUGCCCGCGCAAAAUCAAGUUUUUCACCUACGUUCUUAAUGUUCUAGACUUGUAUCUUGUGGUUGCCAUGUGGACGACUUUUGCAAUAGAAACGCAGAUCGAAAAAUAUCUGAAUGAUUCCGGGAUGAUUAACUUUUACACUGUUCUCAAAGCAUCGCUAGUUUUGCGUUUGUUGCGGUUCUUUCGAUUAAUGAAGCAAUUCAGCGCUCUGAAAAUUCUAUUCAUGUCGCUCAAAGCAAGCAUCAAGGAACUUUUGCUAUUGUUUAUCACUUUUCUUCUGGCCUCGGUUUUUUUCGCCAGCUUUGUGUAUUUUGCUGAAUUUAAUGAACAAGAUGUCUUUCCCACUAUAAUUGAAAGUGUGUGGUGGGCAAUCAUCACCAUGACAACAGUUGGCUAUGGAGACAUGUACCCAACAUCCUCUGCUGGUAAACUGGUGGGCAUUGCGUGCGCAGCAUCCGGUAUACUGAUUAUAGCAAUGCCGAUAGCAGUUGUAGCCGCUAAUUUCAGUGAGUAUUAUUUGAAGAAUAGUGAACGAAGACUUCGAGGACGACUGAUGAAGAGUAAAAAGAAAAAGAGGUCUUGCUGUAGCUGGGGGGAGUCCCCACAGGUCAAUCAUUAUAGCUCUAGUCCGCCUUCACCAAGGAACUUAUUAAAACGACAGAACUCAAAGCUAACAGGUAUCAUUGCAUCAAAUUCAAAGUCGAAUGGAACCUCGAAAAAGCAAAAGGGCAAAAAGACAAAAAAUCUUCCCAAUGGAGUACAAAAAAGAGACGCACCAUCGUCUGCUAUUUCGAGAAAGUCUGUUACAAAUGAAAACCAUGGAAUUUGGUACGAUGUACCGGACUUGCGUGUACAUUAGGCAGAGGAAUAAUGCACUGCCGGAUAUUGAGAAGUUAUUAGAAGUAGUAAUGGAUGAAGAACAGUACUUCUACAAUCAAAUAAGUGGAUAAUAUGUUUAUUCGCUGAUUAUAUAUAACUCAUUUUAUUUGUAAUAACGUGGCAAUUAUUUGUUUUAUUUUUAUGAAUAUUUGUCUGUACAUGUUCAUGUAUUGUCAAAUAUGUGUAUUUUGUUUUUAAAUAUACUGUUUUCAGUUUA